AUCAAAGACCAACAAGUCAACUUCAUACCAACACCACCGUUUGCUUAUCGCUUGAGAGGAUACUAUACAAUUGCCAGGGAAUGCUUGAUCUUCAUCCGUUCACGUUGCUCGUGCUUGUUUUGGUGGUGCUUGUUUUAAAGAACAGCAUCAAUGCUGUUGGGAAAUCGAGGGUGCAAGAUUUCGGAUGGACGAUCUAUACUUGGAUUGCACCCAAGUUGGGACAUAAACAGUUUCUAGAGUUGAAGGGAAAGAGAAGUGAAUUGGCCAGGGUUGGUAAAGAAAAGAAAUCCAUCAGUGCCCAGGAUGAAUAUGCCAGAUGGACCAAAUUGAAUCGUCAAUUUGAUAAAUUGAAUGGCGAGAUCAGUCAAUUGACUGAGUCGAUUUCUGCUAAUAAGACCAGUAUUUCCAAUGUGAUUGGCUGGGCCAUAACCAUCUUCACGUCGUUGCCAAUUUGGUUCUGUAGGGCUUGGUUUAGAAAGUCGGUGUUAUUCUACUUACCAGUUGGGGUCUUACCCCAUUAUUUGGAAUGGUUCCUUGCAUUACCAUUCUUUCCUACUGGUAGUAUCGGAUUGACUGCUUGGAUGUUUGCUUUGAACCAUGUCAUUGGCUCAGUGAUUUUAUUGGUUUCUUUUCCUUUUGAAAAACCGGUUGAUAAACCAGUUAAACCAGAACCUACUGAGUCAUCUACUGAAAAGACCCCUACAAAAGAUCAGACAGUUCCUGAAGUUACUGCUGAAAAAAUUUAGUUAAUGUACAUUAUUAUUACAU